AUACACGCAAAAAAUAUAUAAAAAAUUUAAGUAGAAGGUCGGAGGUCGUCUACAAAGAAAUAGAAAGUUCAGCCCGAUUGGGGUCUCACACAAACAAAUCGUGCCAUUUAUGCUGACAACCCUGCUGCCGACGCUUCCCUUUCCGUGGCAACCCUGCGCGCCCUUGUUUGUGGCGGCAUUUCGAUCGGAAUUGGCAAACACACUUUGAGAAGCCAACAGUUGUCCAUAGAAAAUGCCGCGUGUAGCCAAACCGAAGAUUGCUGCCGGCCCAGCGCCGGUGAAGAAGGUGGCGCCCGUCAAAAAGGCCAAGAAGAAUAUGUACAACAUGCCGGAGAAGGUGCCGGAGGGCACUGUCUUCACCGAUUUGGCCAAGGUGCAGUGGCGGAUUGGUCCCUCCAUCGGCGUGGGCGGCUUCGGCGAGAUCUACGCUGCCUGCAAGGUGGGAGAGAAGAACUUCGAUGCUGUUGUGAAAUGCGAGCCCCAUGGCAAUGGGCCGCUGUUUGUAGAAAUGCACUUCUACCUUCGCAAUGCCAAGCUAGACGACCUAAAGCAGUUUAAGCAGAAGAACGGCUUCAAGUCUCUGGGCAUGCCGUAUAUCCUGGGCAACGGAUCGACGGAUGUGAAUGGCCAGAAGCAUCGCUUCAUUGUGAUGCCACGCUACGGCAGCGACAUCGGCAAGUUCUUUGAGGCGAACGGAAAGCGCCUGCCCGAGGGCACAGUCUAUCGACUGGCUAUCCAGAUGCUGAACGUCUAUCAGUUUGUGCACGGCACCGGCUAUAUCCAUGCUGAUCUUAAAGCUGCGAACAUACUGCUGGGCCUGGGCAAAGGCGGAGGCGCACAGGCCUACUUGGUUGACUUUGGCCUGGCAUCCCACUAUACUUCGGGAGAGUUCAAGCCAGAUCCCAAGAAAAUGCACAAUGGAACGAUUGAGUACACAUCGCGAGACGCCCAUAUGGGCGUAGCCACCAGAAGAUCCGAUCUAGAGAUACUCGGAUAUAACCUUAUAACAUGGAUGGGUGUCGAGUUGCCCUGGGAGACACAAAAACUCUUGGACGUUCCACAGAAAGUGCAAAAGGCCAAGGAGGCAUUCAUGGAUGACAUUGGCAACAGUCUCAAGUCGCUAUUUCCCAAGGGAGUACCGGCUGCUAUUGAUGAUUUCAUGAAGUACGUUGCCAAAUUGUCGUACAACCAGGACCCGGAAUAUGAAAAGUGCCGUCUAAUGUUUCAGAAGGCUCUUAAGCAGAUUGGAGUACCUAAUAGUGGGGAUCUUGACUUUAAGAUGACGCCGCAGACCAGCAGCAACAAUAAUAUCAGUCCGCCGGUUACUAGCAAGGCAGCAGCAGGAACCGCCAGGAGAGCCAAGAAGGUGGAAUCUCCUAUGGUAAAUUCAUCCAUCGAUGAAAUAAUCUCCGCCAGCGAUGAAGAGGAGGAGGAGAAGAAGAAGCCCAUUAAGAAGGCGGCGGUGAAGGCUUCGCCUACAGCUCGCAGAGUCGCCAUGAAGGCUUCGCCCGCAGCUCGGAGUGCAGCCAUAAAGACCUCACCCGCCCCUCGGAGUGCAGCCCUAGAGUUUCCCAAAAAACGUGAGGGUCCUACAACGCCCAAGCAAAAGCGUGUAAAGACUGAGUCCAAUUUGACGCCGAAGACCAGGGGCAGUCCCAAAGCCAGCCCUAAGCAAGAAACGCCCUCGGCAGCCCUGCCUAAGACGCCAAAGCCUCACACUCCCGGUGCCAGCGCCAAGAUCAAUUUCAGUCCGGCGAUUUCGGUACGCGGGCGGCCCGGGGGAAAGACUGUGGUCAACGAUGAUCUGACUCCGAAUCCACGCUCCAACAAGACCUACGAAUUCAACUUUGAGCUGGACGUGAGCAUGGACGCCAAUGUCAUAGUGAACGUAAAGCGCAAAAGGAAGGCCGCCAAAGAUCAGGCGGCGGCUACUUCAGAAUCUAGGACUCCUUCCUUACGUAGCAUAGCCAAUUCGAAGGAGGAGGGCGGUACACCCGUCACUCGUGUUAAUUUUCGCAAGGUAAAUGGACACGCCGGCGUUGCCGAUGAUGCCUCAUCUCCCGGUAAGAGUCCUCGCACACCAACCGUCACCCUGCGCAAAUACCAGCGUUAGGUUAUUGUUUUUUUCUAUUUUUGUAAGUUAAGUGCUUUGGAUUAAUAAAUUCGUAAUAUUAUUUCCCAAA